CUAAGUUUUAACAUGGCGUAGUUGACAAUGGUGGCCGCUAGCUUCCAGGAGGGACAGCAGCCGAUAUUUAUCCCAAACAAAUCAAACCAAAGCCCGGGGUCAGCCGUUAGUGAUGGAUGAGCGAUAGUUCCGGUGUUUUAUGUUGUUUUACGGUGUAUUGGAUUACAGGUUUUAACGAUAAAGCGGUAGAGUUUAGCUAACUUAGCAGAAUUGUUCUGCCGGGGGAAGGAAGUUUGCUGUGGCGGAGGAAAGCAUAAUAGGAAACCGGGGAGGGCCAGAAUAUCCCGACAUGGAGGACUCCGGCUCGGCCCUGGAGAAAAAUGUGGCGGACCUCACGGUGAUGGACGUGUAUGACAUCGCCGCGGUGGUGGGCCAGGAGUUCGAGCGGAUCAUAGACCAGUACGGCUGCGAGGCUCUGUCCAGGCUGAUGCCCAAAGUGGUGCGGGUGCUGGAGAUCCUGGAGGUGAUGGUGAGCCGCAACAGCAUCAGCCCGGAGACCGAGGAGCUGCGGCUGGAGCUGGACAAGCUGCGGCUGGAGCGGCUAGACCGGCUGGAGAAGGAGAAGAAGCACAGAAAGGAGCUGGAGCUGGUGGAGGACGUAUGGAGAGGAGAAGCUCAGGACCUGCUCUCCCAGAUCGCUCAACUGCAGGAGGAGAACAAAAGCCUCCUCACCAACAUGUCCAUCAAAGACCCCAUGAGUGAGGAGGACCUGCAGAGGCAUGAGGGUAUGACGGAGAGAGAGAGGCAGGUGAUGAAGAAGCUUAAAGAAGUGGUGGACAAGCAGAGAGAUGAGAUUCGAGCAAAGGACCGUGAGCUCACGCUGAAAAACGAGGACAUAGAAGCACUCCAGCAGCAGCAGUCUCGCCUUAUGAAAAUCAACCACGACCUACGCCAUAAAAUCUCUGUGGUGGAGGCGCAAGGGAAAGCACUGAUUGAACAGAAGGUGGAACUGGAGGCCGGUGCUCAGGCGCGGGGGCAGGAAGUCAGUGCCCUUCGGCAGGAAGUUACACGCUUGAGGGAACGACUUCAAGGUGACCUGCCUGCCCAUAACCCCGAGGAACCCCCACCUCAGCCCCCCUCACCUGCAGAGCAUGGUAAAGCUGCUACAGUGGUUGUGGAGGCUGAGGGCUGGUCAGACAGACCUGACCCCUCUGAGCUGAUGUUUGGUGGGUUUGAUCCUUCCCCACGACCCCUGCCAGGUUCCCUCAGCCCAGAGGGACACGAGGAUGGGGACGAGGAGGCUGAGGACGAGGCAGUGUUGCUCUGGGAGGCGAUGUGCGAUGAGGACAUGCCUGCUGUGUUCCAAUAUUUUACCAAGGAGGCGUUGUGCGAGGAGGAGUCGGGAGCCCUGGACCCAAAGGACCCCAACCGGCCCCGGUUCACCCUGCAGGAGCUGAGGGAUGUCCUCCACGAGAGGAACGAGCUCAAGGCCAAAGUCUUCCUGCUGCAGGAGGAGCUGGCCUACUACAAAAGUGAUGAGACAGAAGAUGAGAUUGGUACUCCUUCUCCUUCUCCCUCACCUGAACUGAGGACUCGCUCCCGUUCUUCUGCCCAGCCAGAGUCAGGAAUCAAACGCCUGUUUAGUUUCUUCUCCCGUGACAAGCAGCGGAGCUCGCAGCGGAGCUCGCAGUUUGACAUCGGCUUCGGCUCGUGGGCAGGGAAAGACGACGUGUACACAGAACAAGCCCAGGAGGCGUUACAGCACAUGUAGCUGCACCUGGACGGGAUUUGUCGAGGUUACUCAAAACUCUUAACACUCCAUGUCCAUCUCUCGAAGCCAGCUUGUGAAGCGUCGAUCACACACCAAACCACUAGUGACUCACACUGCUACUGAAAUAUCAUGUGCUUGAGGUGAGAAGGCCGACAGAAAGAAGAGUGAACGGAUCACCUUGAAUGAGGCUCCAGCUUAGAUAAAGAAAUUCAUAAAAUCCUCUAAAAAAAAGAAGUUUAUUUAAACACCUGAAAACUAUACUGAAUAUCUCAGUGAGCACAUACAAACUUCACUGUACAACAACUGCUAGAAAACGUGUUGGUGCCUGAAGGGUUUUACAGAAUCAGACACGAUGAUCUGUAGAGGAGAGGGUAAACUCAAGUUGUAUGAUGGGAAACGGAAAGUUGUCGCAAUCCAAGUGGUUAAUGAUAUGUUGGUAAAAGGGCAAAAUGAACGUAAGUGGGUGAAAAGUACUACGGAGAUGAAGGCUUGGGACACAAAAGUGUGCUGUAAAUGUUUUGUCUAAAAAAGACUUAAUGAAAAUGGGUUUUAACGGGUUCGCUUUUUGAUGAAAGAUGACGGUUUUAUAUUACGAUCCCCGUAGAAAAUAAAAGGCAAAGCUGCAAAGAAAACAUAACAAUCACUGCAGUUUUUCACUUUCUGAUCAUGAGAUUUAUUCUCAAAAUGAGAGCAACACUUUUGUGUCCCAUAAAAUUUUUUUUGUCUGUCCUUGUUCAUGUGGGCAACUAGUAGGUUCAUCACCAGCAUUUUAAAAAUUCAGACUAUCCAGCUCUACAAAUCUAAAGGCGUUGUGUAUAAAAUGUUGCAUAGAAUCACAAUUUAACAGCUGCGUACAGAAAACGAUAAAAACACUUACAAAUGCUUUUAUUUAUAAAAUACGUCACGCAAAAUACAGUAAGUAUAGAAGUAAGUAUGGAAGCCCAUUUCUGCCAAGAAAAGAAACAAAAUACAUAAAGUGUAAAAUACUCAUGGUACGUCAAAAUGAUGAGAUAAAUUAUGACUUUAUAGUAAGUCAAAAUUUUGACUUAAUUUUUACUUUCUAUCUCAAUUGUAACUUAGUAUGUCGUUUUUCUUUACUUAAGUCAUAGUUUUGACUUAGUAACUCAUAAUACUGACUUAGUAACUCAUAGUUUUGACUUACCAAGUCAAAACUAUGAGUUACUAAGUCAGUAUUAUGAUAUACAGUAGUAUCUUAAAAUAUUGACUCAGUAAGUCAUCAAUGUUUUGACUUAGUAUAAUUUGUAUUUACCAAGUCAAAACUUUGAUGACUUACUGAGUCAAUAUUCUGAGACAGUAUCUCAUCAUUUAGAUUUUUAAUAAUAAUAAUAGUAACUCAUCAUAGUUAAUUUACUAUGUCAUAAUUUUGACCCUGAAUAUUUUUAUUUUUAUCAUGCAUAACUCAUCAUCUGUUUGUCUUCUGUUCCCGGCGGAAAUGGGCUUCCAUAAGUAGGUGUGCGCUUCUCUCUAACUCGGUUAUUACGAAAUAUCCACCAUCCAGAGCCACAAAACACCUGCCUCACAAAGUCUGUUUUUAAUUCCAACAGUGCCAAAGUGUGUCACUGCACAUCAUGAAUAUAUUCAAACCUACAACAGCAAUUUCAGUAUCACCAGCUGAACCAAAGCAGGUUAUAACACAUGACUGUCCUCUUUGGUAAUUAAGCAAACAGAUGCAGUAUAUCGGGGGAAAACGUUACUCAACAGCUUGAUUUUAUGAUCAGAUACCUCAUAGCCUUUGAGCACUCCAGGACGCAGUAUAGCUAGAUUUUACAAAAGCAGCAUUGUCAGUAUUAAACUCCUGUGUGAGACUUUACCUCUUAAUUUGUGUUUUUAAUAUAACUGAGGAUAAACACAUUGAUUUUAAUUGUCCUGCCUGUAUUUGAAGGAGAGACUUGGACCUGAUCAGAGCAUCCUUAAAAGGAUCAGUCUGGUGUUAUUCCAUAUUUUUCAUAUUGUCAACAAAUCCCAUGAACACACACACACUGUAGUUUAUUUUGACUCAAUCCCACACACACCGUCCUGCUGCCCCAAACACUCACUAGAGCACCAAAUGUGUAUCAAUCCGCCGCUGAAAAUAGUCCCCAACAAAUGCGCUAUUCCCUCCUGUUUGUUUGAUAAAAACUACAGCGAGCAGCUGUUUUAAGAAAUGAUUUUGCGUUAUUUAAAAAGGAAUCCAUUUUUAAAGAUUUACGUCUUCAGUAGGAACUAAUGGGCUUAGGGCUGAGAGCCACAGACAGGAAGUCAGAAAGUACUGAGAAACAACCUUACACGUUGUUGGUUUUGGUCUUUUCAUGAGAUUUGUUGACAAUAAGUAGAAUAUAGAAAAACACCAGCCUUAUCCUUAAAUCAUGUGCGUCUUCCCAUAAGUUUGGCAUGUAUAUGAGCCAGAACUUAUUUAAAAAACCAUGAGGUAAAUCUUUUGUAGGAUGAUAAAGGAAAACUGAACUAAAGAACAUUUGGAAAAUGUUCAUAGUAACGUUCUGCAAGUUUUGCCACUAAGCAAGGCAACAUUCAAUUUUUUUUGUUUUUUGUAAACCUACCUUUAUCGUUUUGUCAGUACCCUAUUCUACACCCUAAAUAUCUAACUUUCAGUUAACAAAUCCCAUGUACAUCAUGUAAAAAAUACACAGCAAUAUGCACUUGCAAAUUCAGGUUUGUUAAAUGAGGUGUGUACGCGUUGACUUGUGUUUUUAUGCAUCAUUGAUACAAGGCCUCAAAUAUAAACAUGGUUUCAAAGCUAUGUUGUGAAAGUGCACAGCGGAAGAAAAACAGCAUAUCAUUUGAAUACAGCGUAAAAUCAUGAAGUUACAUCACGCGUAACAUUUAAAUAUUCCUCAGAUUGAGCUAUGGAGACUGCUGAGAAGUUAGAAAUGACAGAAUCAGAUUGUGGUUUCUAAAAUGGUGAAAACUAAGUGAAUAAAGCUGAAGUGCCAAGUGUGGUUUAUAUUUUUUAAAAAGGCUAAUCGGCGGUUGCCGCUUAUGCUUUUACAGCUUGCCUUGACGCUUUAAACAAUGACUGAUGUCUUCACCCCUGAGAGGCAGUGAAUAAGCUGUGGUGUGUUUAAAAGUAGUGGCACUUUAUCUUCAUUUAUACUCACCCAGCAAGGUGGAAUAAAUGAAUCUAAAAUGAGAUGAACACCGUAAUGAGGCUAAAAAUGAAUGCGAGUCAACGAGUGUCAAAGCAGCUACCCGUGUUUCACAUCUUCACAGACAAAAUAAUGAUAUUUAUUGCAAGAGGGCAUAAUUUUCUAGACUGCAUCUCGAAGUCAAAGGGAUCUGGACAAUUUUGGCAUGAACAUUGUGAAACAUUAAAAAGGGAAAUCUCAGACAACCUUUCCAAAUGCUCACUCCAGUUCUUCAGCUCAUUAAGUCAGUGUUGAUCACCAUCUCUUAUGUGUUUCCCUGAUUAAAAUGGAUAUUUAAAAGAUAUAAUGAAUGGAUCAGUGCUUUAUUAAAUGAGCUGGCUUUUAUUCAAACAUGUCUUCUCAAUAAUAAACAAUUAUGUAAUGUU